AUAUCACUGUUACUCCAUGCUAUACACUUCCAUUACUUAACACACCUCCUUUUAACACUCAAAAUUUAAUUGAUCCUUUUGACUAUUAUAUACAAAACCAAGACACUACUAUUGUUAGACCUAACUCUCCUCAACGAUUCAAGGAAAUAAAUUUACAACCUAUUGCUGAAGAAUAA